UUGGGCGCCUAUACAGUUAUUGCUGUUAGCCGUGAACGCCAUCUUGGAUCUAGAUGGUUUUUAAACGGGGGAAACAGGAAAAGGGACAGGGAAAUAGAUCAUUUCGUUCUUAUUUUGUAAUUUCCCCCCACUGGCUGAUGAUGAAGAAACACGAGUCAUGACAUCGCCUCUUUAUUUGCUGAUAUAGUUGUCCAUAAAAUCGGUCAAUCUGAGAGGAAAUAGGAUUGUGGACUGAGGAAAUUUCCGCAGUUUACUGUAACUUGGUUUGUUUAUGUUAUUCAACCCGGACAUGGACUCUUCUAACCCAGACAUACCAGAUGACUCUCUGGGUUUGGGAGCCGGUGGGGCCCAGGCAAGUAGCAGUGCUGUUGUGCCAAAAGGGUCCAAUAAGAGGCGAGCUGCGCCAGACUUCGAUGAUGAUGAUGAUGAUGAUGAUGGAAGCAAGCUCUUCAGAUCUUCUUCUGUCUUUGACCAGGUGUGAUGACGACGGAGGAGGAGGAGACAAAGAGCGAUUUGCCAGGGAGAACCACAGUGAGAUUGAGCGGCGGCGGAGGAACAAGAUGACUGCUUACAUCACAGAGCUGUCGGACAUGGUUCCCACCUGCAGCGCGUUGGCACGGAAACCAGAUAAGCUGACCAUCCUGCGCAUGGCCGUGUCCCACAUGAAGUCUCUGAGAGGGAGCGGCAACACUGCAGCAGACGGGACAUACAAACCAUCCUUCCUCACCGACCAGGAGCUGAAGCACCUGAUCCUGGAAGCUGCUGAUGGCUUCCUGUUUGUGGUGUCGUGUGAGAGUGGGCGGGUUGUCUACGUGUCAGACUCCCUGACCCCUGUUCUUAACCAAUCACAGUCCGACUGGCUAGGCUCUUCACUCUACGACCAGCUCCACCCGGACGACGGAGACAAACUACGAGAGCAGCUCUCUACUGCAGAGAAUAACAAUACAGGGAGGAUGUUAGACCUGAAGACAGGAACAGUUAAGAAGGAGGGACAGCAGUCCUCCGUCAGGAUGUGUAUGGGAGCCAGACGAUCCUUCAUAUGUAGGAUGAGAUGUGGUUCGUGUCCAGUGGAGCCCAUGUCUAUGAACAGAUUGAAUUUCCUGCGGAGCAGGAACAGGAAUGGUCUGGGCCCACCCAAGGAUGGGGAGCCUCAGUAUGUGGUGGUCCACUGCACUGGAUACAUCAAGUCCUGGCCCCCCACAGGGGUGAAUCUAACAGAUGAAGAAGCAGACAAUAUUCAGGGGAGUCGCUACUGUCUAGUCGCCAUCGGUAGACUUCAGGUGACCUCUUGCCCGAGCGACACAGACAUAAACAGCAUCAGCGUUCCGGUGGAGUUCAUCUCUCGUCACAACUGCCAGGGCCUCUUUACCUUCGUAGACCACCGCUGCAUGGCCACAGUGGGCUACCAGCCUCAGGAACUGCUGGGUAAGAACGUCUUGGAGCUGGCCCACCCUGAGGACCAGGGUCUGCUGAGAGACAGCUUCCAGCAGGUGGUCAAGCUGAAGGGUCAGGUGCUGUCCGUCAUGUUCCGCUUCCUGUCCAAGACCAGAGACUGGCUCUGGAUCAGGACCAGCUCCUUCACCUUCCAGAACCCCUUCUCUGAGGAGAUAGAGUACAUCAUCUGUACCAAUGCCAACGUCAAAACCUCGACUCAGGACACCCUCACCCCCCUCUCGUCCUCGGGGGUGUCUUUGCCCCCCUCGCUGGGGGAGAGCAGUCCUAACUUCCCCCCUGUGUCCCACAGCCCAGGCCAGGUGGCUGCCAGGCAGUUGCAGCAGCAGCAAGCAGAGUUGGGGGGAGGAGGGAGAGAUGGUCUGUACGAGGCAGGACAGGUUACACUUCCACAGAUGCCUGUCCAGGCCGUGACCGCAGCUGGAACUGACCACAGUAAGACCAUGGACAAGGCAGAGAUGCACCCCUCCAUGUACCCCAACCCAGACCAGGCCAAGUUCCUGCCCUCCACCUCUGCCCCCGGAGUACCCAUCUACCCUCAGGACAACAACAACUACACCACUGCCAACCGCUCCAACGACACAUACAGCAGGUCAGUAGGGAUGGCCCCUCAGAUGGUGCAGCCAUCCCACUCCGCAGGCCAGAUGCUGGCUCAGAUGUCCCGUCAGAACGGGGCACCCCCCUCCAACAGCAGCCCCCUACAAGGAGGGGCAGCGGUGGGCUGGCCGGGGCCAGUAGCGGGGGCUAGACCCCCCUUCAACAACCAGCAGGUGGUGCCCCAGGCAGGGAAGGCCCUGUCUCCCCAGUUUGCCAUGGGUAGUUUUGUGGGGGGCUCUUCCUCCUCAUUUGGGGUGAUGCCCACCACUGCCGCUCCGACCCCCACCACGGGGGCUAACUACCCAAAUAUCAACCCCCGCGCCAGCCUCAAUACCAACGGAUAUGAUGGCUUGGGGUCGGGGCAGCAGUUCCCCUCCAGGGCAGCGGAGGCAGUGUGGCCCCAGUGGCAGGGCCAGCAGCAAGCUCAGAACAGGGCAGAGCAGCACCCCCACGUACAGAACAACCAGCCUGACAUCUUCCCUGAUGUUCUCGCCAUGCUGGAUCAGCCGGCCAACUUCAACAACGAUGACUUUGAGAUUCCCAUCUACCCCUCUUUCAACGAGUGACCCCCCAUACACUCUUCCACUUACCUCUCUGUCUCUCAAAUGUUUCCUUCUCUCUCAUUUGGUGCACUUUUGCUCUCUUUCUUCGCCUUUCGUGAUCCAAAGAGAGCAUGUCUAAUUAUCGGUCAGAUGAUUGCACUGCCAGGAUGGAGAGGGCGAGUUAAUCAGGGAAAAGAAAGAGUGAAAUCAAGUAUAGGUAUGCAAAUGCAGGUUCGAUAAACAUGUAAAAGGCCAGAGGAAGAAAGGGGGAGAGAGAGAAGAGAUUCAGGGUUCAACGAUAGUUGGGCAAAAUGACACAUCUGUAGCUAGCACUGCCCAAGCUCCACAGCCAGUGGAUUUGUUGUAGAGAUGGAACACACAAUCCCACCUGAGCAUGCACAAGGCCCUGAGGCAGGCACUGCUUCACCAGUAACACACAAACAUGGCCUUUCACUAACAGAGUCAGCUGUGUGUUUAGAUCUGCUGCUCCACUGGUCUGUACAUCAUAUGGAUAGAUCAGUACAAUCAUUCACUUGAAGUCUCAGGCAAUCCAGGUGAUCUACUGCUUUGGGGGAAUAUGUGGGAAUAUAUAUAUGGGAAUAUUCUGAUCUGAAGCCUGUGAAUAUCCUCUAUCUGCUCCCCUCGCUGUUUUAGCUUAGCGACCCUUAGCAUGUUCAAAAGGACACUGUCCUCACGCAGGCUUUUUAAACUUUGGGCAGAUUUAUACGAACACUGUACAAACACUUUUAUAUUUGUACACAGUGUACAUUGACGAUGUCACCUAUGAAUGGGGUUAUGGUGGUUUCAGGUGGAAAAGAGGGAGAGAGAGAGAGAUGUCUAUGACUAGUAAAGGGAAGAGGGGAUAUGAAACUAGAACCUGAUGUAUUCCUACAUAUACCCAGUAUAUAAGUCAAGUGUUUAUAUGCAGUUAUAUGUCUACUGGAGGUGUUUGUAUAACUUUAUUGAUCUCAACCUGAAUGCACAGCAAUCCCAGGGUCCCUUUCUCACUCGUUUGUAUUCUUUCCUCUGUUGCCCAGGGUUACCCAGCACACUCUUCCUCUCGCGCUCUUCCUCAAUCACCCUCCCAAGUGUUUACACUAGGAAAAGGAAAAGGAAAAAAGACAUUGGAAAGCAAUAAUUUACGAGCAGGAAUUAUGUUAUUUUUUAAAGCCAUUCUUUAUUGUGGUCCUACAUGUUUUUAUCUUGAUUAUUGUUCUUGAAUAUGGAAAUACACAGGAAAUAGUAAUGAUUUGAUUGAUUGAAAUUUUCCCCAACUGAUGUUUUUAUUUUCUGGCCUUUUGAUUGGCUCUUCCUGUUUUGUAGCCCUCUCCAUUGCUAUUUCGUGAUAGGUUGUUUUUGAUGUAUAUUGAUCAGGGCAUCUUGUUCAGGACAGAAAGGUCUCGUUUAGAACUGACAAGAUUCCUCAUUCAACAUGACACAGAAUCAUGCCGUGAUGUUUGGCCUAAAUUCAAGUCAUCCUAAUCAUGUUCCAAACACAUCACCCAAUAAUCAAUUAAGCAGUAGAUGUUGAUUGUGAGUUUGGCAAUUAAUAAAGUUUUUUUUUGUUGCAGUAGAUUCAAUCAAAGUUCAUCCUUAUCGAGAGAGUUUGGCAUUCAUAAAUCUGAUCUAAAUCAAACACAACAUUUGUUUUCUGAAAUCGAUUGUGAUGUUUCGUAAGUCACUAUAACACUCUUAUACAGGGAAUUAAGAAUUCUGAUCGGCCAACAGAGGGCUGUGAAUUUUAAGGUUCUGAAAUACAAAAAUUGUUAUUGUGUAGGCCUUUCAUUUUAAGUCCGAUGAUGUAUACAUGUCUGUGAGCGUAAUUCACAGACAUGCCGAAACAUGUGAAUUGUAUGUAAACCCAUCAUGUGUCAAUAGUCACACGAUGAAAAUGGCAGUUUGAUGACUGUGUUGUCUUGUUAUUGUUUUAAACCACUUUGGUUGUUCCCUGUCCAGGUUUUUACAAUGAUGUGAGCUGCAGUUUAUAUAGCGCACACAGACACAAAUAUAGGAAUAUAUGUAUAUGAAAUGUUAAACAAGAGAAAGUGAAAUGUUUGGUUUUUCUAUUAAAUUGUUAUAUUGUCAAGAA